CCACACAGUUCUCUCACUCCUCUUAAAUUCUUUAUAUGGUGAUAUAGUCCUCACACUCGUUUAACAUUAAUUUGACAUAUUCCUCACUCUCGGAUUCUUCAUUCUUCAGCAACAUUAUAAAUAUACCACACACAACCAAAAAACCUUAACCAAACCUAGAAAGGGCGCAACUGGAAGAUCUGAAGCCGAAGAUAUGCAAACCCGACAACCUUUUGGACCCACGCAGAUGACUCCAACAACAACUCAAGUCAUCGGAUCUCAGUAUUGUAAACCGUCUCCCACCUCACUGGAGAUUGUUCGAACGGCGAAUACGUUCGCUAAUGAAUUCCGUGUCUACGACCACAACUCCGUUUUCACCCUCCAAAGCGCUUCCUUCUCCGUUCAUAAACGCUGUAUCUUACUCCAUCAAGGGAACCCCAUCGUCACGCUACGCCGAAAGAGAAUGACAGCACAUAAUAGAUGGCAAGUUUUCAGGGGUAAAAGCGACCAAAUAAGGGAUUUGCUCUUCAGUGUAAAGCGACCCAAUAAAGGAUACAACAUAUUCCAGCCAAACACGGCACUAGAAUUAGAAGUGUUCUUAGCCCAAAAUACUGAAGAAAAAGUUUGUGAGUUUAAGAUAGAAGGAAAUUGGUCCAAUGGAUCUUGUGAAGUUUGUUCCGUUCAACACCGCAAUAUUAUAGCACUGAUGAAUAAACACGCUGUUCAAGCCACUGGGUCUGAUAAUUUCGUAGUCAGAGUGGAAGCCAAUGUUGACACUGCUUUCAUAGUUGCAUUAAUUGCGAUUCUUUGCCUAGAGUAGAAGCAAGCAUGGAGUUGAUUUCGAAUUUGAUUCUGCGUUCAUGUUCCUUCAAAUAAAACUGUUUGUGUGUUAUAUGAGUAAACGAAAUCUUUAAAGAAAUUAAUGCAAAGGAGGGGAUGCAAGUGUAAUAUGAAUAAAUUUUAAGGGAAGUGUAUGUAAUUUGCUCUGAAUUUAAUGUAGAAAUUUUUACUUCGUUUUUAA